CUCGUCGCUGGGUGUAAAUAUUGGAGCCACUACUCGAUACCGUGUCCCCCCGCGCGGGUCGCUCUCAGCAGCAGCACAAGUGUCACAAGCGUUCGAUCCUCCGCCGCGCAGCUCUCACUCUGGCCUGGACCGCGGGCGGACCCACCCCGACUACCGUUUGCUGAAGCGCCACCACUACUGUUUCCCCUCCGGAAAGGAUUUCGAGAAUGACGCCAGGCGGCAGCACCGACAAGCUGGAGAUGGGGAUGGGCGGCGGCGACAACGCGCCCCCCACCCCCACACCGUCGGCGGGCUCCACCCCCACCGGCACCCCCAUCGUCAAGCCCCAGAGAAAGUACUCGACGAGGACGCCGGCCGUGUAUAUCGGAAGCACCGACUUCAUACUGGAGGAGGAGGUGGAGCGCGGCCCUACGGAGAAGCUGCGGGCGGUGGUGCCCUGGGUGAAGCAGCGCGUGCGCCGCGCCUGCACGCGCAAGAUGCUCUACCGCCGGCUGCCCAUCCUGGACUGGCUGCCGCGCUACAACCGCAGCGACUUCCUCGGCGACCUGGUGGCCGGCAUCACCGUCGGCCUCACCGUCAUCCCCCAGUCGCUCGCCUACUCCAACGUCGCCGGCCUUCCGGCGCAGUACGGCCUCUACGGCUCCUUCCUCGGCUGCCUGCUGUACAUCUUCCUGGGCAGCUGCAAGGACGUCCCCAUGGGCCCCACCGCCAUCACCGCCCUGCUCGUGUACCAGAGCGUCCACGGCGCCGGCCCCGAGUACGCCGUCCUCCUUUGCUUCCUCACUGGCGUAGUGCAGCUGCUCAUGGGCAUCCUGGGCCUAGGGUUCAUCAUCGACUUCGUGUCGGGCCCGGUGUCGUCGGGCUUCACGUCGGCCGUGGCCAUCAUCAUCGUGUCGACGCAAGUCAAGGACAUCCUGGGCAUCAAGGCCAGCGGCUCCACCUUCGUGUCCAUCUGGACCAGCGUGUUCGAGGACAUCCAGAACACGCGACUGUGGGACCCCAUCCUCGGCAUCAUCUGCAUCGUCGUGCUGCUCCUCAUGCGGAUGGUGGCUAACGUGGAGCUGGGCCCCAGCGACUCGGAGAAGCAGUCCCGGGUGCAGCGCAUCAUCAACAGCAGCCUCUGGCUGAUCGGCACCUCCCGCAACGCCAUCCUGGUGGUGGUGACGGGCGUGCUGGGCUACCACUUCGCCAAGGACGGCGCCGAGGCGCCCUUCAAGGUGAUCGGCAACAUCCCGCCGGGCCUGCCCACCUUCCAGGCGCCGCCCUUCUCGGUCGUGCGCGGCAACGACACGCUCGGCUUCGUCGACAUGGUCACGGAGCUCGGCUCGGGCAUCAUCGUGCUGCCGCUCGUCGCCCUGCUCGAGAACAUCGCCAUCUGCAAGGCCUUCGCCAACGGCAAGACGGUGGACGCCACCCAAGAGAUGCUGGCCCUGGGCGCGUGCAACAUCGCCUGCUCCCUGGUGCAGGCCUUCCCCGGAAGCGGCUCCCUGUCCCGCUCGGCCGUCAACAACUCGUCCGGGGUGCGCACGCCCCUCGGCGGCCUCUACACCGGCCUCCUCGUCAUCCUGGCCCUGCUCUUCUUCACGCCGUACUUCGCCUACAUCCCCAAGACGGCCCUCGCGGCCGUCAUCAUCGCCGCCGUCGUCUUCAUGGUGGAGGUGCGCGUCGUCGCCCCCAUCUGGCGGUCCAAGAAGAGCGACCUGAUCCCCGGCGCCGUCACGUUCGUCGCUUGCCUCGUGCUCGCCCUGGAGGUGGGCAUCGUGAUCGGCAUCGGGACGAACCUGGUCUUCAUUCUGUACCACGCGGCCCGGCCCAAGAUCUCCAUGAUCAUCCUCAAGAGCCAGGGCGGCGUCGACUACAUGCUGCUCACGCCGGACCGCUGCCUCAUCUUCCCCUCCGUGGACUACGUGCGCAACAUCGUGACCAAGUACUCCAUCAAGCAGAACAACCCCGUGGUCAUCGACUGCUCGCACAUCUACGGCGCCGACUUCACGGCCGCCAAGGUCAUCGAGUCCCUGACGCAGGACUUCUCCCGCCGGGGCCAGACGCUCUUCUUCUACAACCUCAAGCCCUCUGUGGUGGCCGUGUUCGAGGGCUUGCAGCCCCAGGACUUCCACGUGUACUACAACGAGGCCGAGCUGGACGAGCUGCUCAAGAAGUACCAGAAGCCGACGCCCCCGCCGAGCUCAAUCAGCAUCCAGCUAUGACGCUAGCGCGCGAUACAGCGGCUCCAGGUGGUGCCAGGUGGCUCCAGGUCACCGAUUCAAGACUGCACGGCGUUGCGGGCCUUCGUGGCUCCAGACUGCGCCACGUUAUUUAUUUUCCUUGUUACUCAGGGCCGAGUGUGUAGAGGAUCUGUGAUUGUCGAAUAAUGAAGUUUUGGGGAAAGGGUAUUUUUGGGGGUGAGUUAGUCGCAUGAUAGGCUCAUGCCUUACAUACGGGGGGAUGGAAACCUUACCCAAUGGGUUUAAGGCGAAGUUUUGGUGUUUUGUCAUGUAUGUGAUAUGGGGGUGAAUGAGCCCUCAUUGUUGAGGGCACAUUUAUUUAAGUAUCAGUAUUACCUAUAAAGUAGUUAAAGUUGUUCACCAAAGCAAAUACUUUGCAAGCAGCAUAGUAUGAAUUUGGUUUUUAUUUUAUGAAGUGAAUACUCUGUGAUUUUAGUAUAUGAUGCUCCUGAGGUCAGAAGAGAAUUAAGUCUUUUUGGUUCUCGAUUCUUUGGAGUCUUGACAAACUCUAAGUGCUUCGUACAGAAAGCAAAAUUAAAAGACCUCAUAUUGAAUCUUGUCUAUAAUAAAACUGUGAGUUGAUAAAUUUUCAAAUCAGAUUGCAAGGUCAGUCAACAAAAAAGAUUUUGAAGACAUUUGGACCUCUGACAUCAUUCCUAGAAAAAUUCAAUCAACCAUCAUGUUUCUGUGAUUUGGUGGGUCAAUUAAUAGAAUAUUGUUAAUAUUGCUGUGUCAAAUGUACCUAUGUAGUGUCUUAAACAAAACAAGCUUUAAUGUUUUUAGAAUAGUAACUUAGUGUGAUGGCAUUUUAAUUAGCAGCCAAACUAACGACUUUGUUUCCAAAUGGUAGGAACAGAUAUCAGUUAUAUGGUUUCCGAUGAAGUGCAUUGAUAAUGUCAGUAUUUAAAGACCGCAACUUCCUUCUUUAGAUUAAUUAAAAUUAAAAAAGCAUGAAUGUUCCUUGUUCAUCUAAUUAUUUUUCAUCUUUAAAAUUAACCAGCAUGAGAACAAGAAAUGAUGUAACUGAAACUGUCACUGCUCAAAAAAUAAAGUCCAUCUUCUUGUCUAGUGUAAA